AUUCAAAAGUGACACUGAUCGGCCUAGUGGUUGUGAUCGCCAGCUUAUCACUGCAAAUAUCCCCAACAAAUGGAGCCAAUAUUUUGGGUAUUUUUACAAGUCACGGACCAUCGCAUUUGAUUGUCCAUAUGUCGGUGAUGAAAGUAAUGGCCGAACGUGGUCAUAAUGUUACCGUGGUGUUGACACAAAAACCCAAAGUUACCCACAAAGAUAUUAAUAUCAUUCUUAUUCCGCCAUCUCCUGAAACUGAAGAAUUACUGAAUCGUGAAGUAACCGGCAUGGCAUCGAAAAAGAAAAGCAUCUUUACAACAAUAUCGAAUAUGUUUGGCUCACUGCGUCUGUUGAUCGAUAUGCAAAAGGACAUCUUACAGGAUCCACGCUUUACAACACUCUAUGAUAAUCCACAAUUUGAUUUAGUUGUUAUUGGAUUCUUUUUCAAUACCUUUCAAUUGGGAACGGCGGCAAAGUUUAGGGCACCACUAGCGAUUAGUUGGUCAGCGCCAACUAUGUCUACAAUAGAUGGCUUUGUUGGCAAUCCCACUGAAGUGUCCUAUGUACCCAAUAUGAAUAUGGCCGUAAAAAUUGGUGAGAAGAUGACCUUGCUCCAGAGAAUUCAAAAUAUAUUUAUGAAUGGAUUCAUGGAUAUUGUUAUGUCGAUAUUGAAUAUUAAAAUGGAAGGAUUUUAUAAGAGAUGCGAACUCUUCCCUAACGAUGGCAACUUCCCUACCCUUAAGGAUAUGAUGAAAAAUGUUUCGUUGGUUUUGGUUAAUGGUCACUUCAGUGAAGGUCCCAUAAGACCAAAUGUACCGGCUUUGGUGGAGAUUGGUGGUAUACAAGUUAAGGAUGUACCUGAUCCAUUACCAAAGGACAUUGCCGAUUUCCUUGAUGGUGCCAAUGAACACGGUGCCAUACUCUUCAGUUUGGGUUCAAACCUUAAGGGUUCCAGCAUCAAACCUGAAACAGCAACCUAUAUUUAUAAUGUCCUGUCAAAAUUGAAGCAAAAAGUUAUUUGGAAAUGGGAAGAUUUAGAACAUACUCCUGGAAACUCACCAAAUAUCCUUUACAAGAAAUGGAUGCCACAGGAUGAUAUCUUGGCGCAUCGUAAUAUGCGUCUUUUCAUAACACAUGCCGGUAAAGGUGGUGUUGUUGAGGCCCAAUAUCAUGACGUUCCAAUGUUGGCUCUGCCCGUCUUUGCCGAUCAGCAUGGCAAUGCCCAGAAAGUCGUAAAAGCUGGUUAUGGCAGAAAAUUGGAAUUGAACACGCUGACGGAAGAAACAUUACGUGAAAAUCUCUUGGAAGUUUUAAAUAAUCCGGUGUAUACUAAAAAGGUUAAAGAAUUCUCCCAACUCUAUCGUGAUCGUCCAUUGUCGGCGCGAGAAAAUGCCGCCUUUUGGCUGGAAUAUGUUAUACGUCAUCGUGGUGCUGCCCAUAUGCAAAGUCCUUUGGUCCAUAUGAACUUCAUUGAAAGCAAUAAUUUAGAUGUCUACGCUAUUUUAUUGGGCGUCGUUUAUGUUUUGUAUAGAAUCUUUCGAUUUGUAUUUUGUUUAGUGUUCCGUAAGAUUUUCAAGAAAAAUUCCUGCAAUACUGCCAAGGAUAAAACAAAGACAAAAGUUAAGAAACAAUAA